AUGGACAACACGGAGGCGGGAUUUCUCAACAGCCCUGCAUCCUCUGUGCACACUGAGGGGGCUUCUCCAAUUGACACCUCCCAUAUUUCAAGGAAACCAACGAGGGUUUCGCAUACCAAGUCACGCAAAGGUUGCCAGCAAUGCAAGAAACGAAAAGUCAAAUGCGAUGAGCAGCGACCUGCGUGCUUCAAUUGCAGUAGAUUGCAAGAAGAAUGCAAAUAUUUACCGCCACCGCCGAAAAAGGCAUAUGUCAGAAGAUCAAGCUCUCCCAAGCCGACGAUUAGCAGCACUGGCGGUAUCAAUCUCGGGGACCUUGAGCUAUUCCACACAUAUACGACUUCAACAUAUUCAACCCUGUCGAUAUUUCCGACAUUGCAAGACUUUUGGAGGUUGACGGUUCCGCGGUUGGCUAUACAUAACAGCUACUUGAUGGGCGAGAUUCUCGCGCUAGCGGCAUUGCACCUUGCUUAUCACCGGCCAGAGCAACGGCACGAAUAUCUUGCAACGGCUUUGACGUACCACCAAGAAUCUACGCAACAAGCAAUGGGACUAUUGAAAGAUUUGGAUCCUAGGAAUGCCGAUGGCCUAUUCAUAUUUUCUUCUCUAACUAUCAUCAUUGCAAUGGCUACGCCGAAGCGAUCACUGCAAGACGGGAUACCAGCAGGCGAGGGCGAUUUUGAAGAUUGGAUCUAUCUGAUACAGGGAACAGCUAAACUCCAAACAACCUUCGAACAAGAGUGUUCCGAUAGCUGCCUAACAGCAUUGUUCACGUUCACCCGUCAAAGAUAUGCAUUACACAAUGCUUUCCAUCCCUCGUACGACCGAAGGGACGAAAUACUGUGCCAACUAGAAGAGAGGAUAAGAAACUGUGUUCCAGAGGGCGAGAAGUUGAAUAUCUUGGUCGAACGAAUCAGCAGCCUGCGAUCCGCGGCAUGUUACACUCCAAACUGGGAGAGCACUGAUUUGUUCUUUUGGCUGUACGCAGGCAUCGAUGGAUUCUUACCGCUCGUGAAAGCUCGCGAUCAGGAGGCUUGGGUGGUGCUGGCUCACUUUUGUCUUAUGGUGAAGAGAGCAGAGACACAAUGGUGGUUGAAAGGUUGGGCGGGUUGUAUGAUGAGAAAGAUUCAUAUGCAGCUUGAUGAAGAGCAUAAAUCUUGGAUUUUGAGACUUUCAGAGGAGAUGGGGUGGAUUCCACCAGCAACUCAAUAA